AUGAGGUUGCUGCGUUCCUGUUCUGCUGAGGCCAUGCUGUCCCAGCCCCAGGUGGCCCAGUGGAGCCUGGAAGCUGUGGCCCACAGCGUCUACCUGCUCCUGUUCAAAGCCAGCUACUUUCUGAAGCAGGCAGAGGUGAUCCGUGUUCUUCUGGGGCACUGGCCACUGGAGGAAUUCAGGCUGAGUGCCCUGCUGGGGCCCAGCACAGAGCAUCCAGUGGACCUGCGGGACCGGGCCUGCCAGGCCUGCCUGGAGGCCUCUGUGCAGGGCCUCUCAGAUGAUGUGCUCCAGGCCAAAAGCUGGAGGCGGCUGCAUGCCAACCUCACAGGAGUCCAAGAUGUGCAGGUGCAGCAGUGCCCCUGUGGGAGGGUGCUGGGCAGGUGGGGUUGCAUGGAGCUGCUGUGCAGGACCUGCUGCCAGCUGCAGACAGAGCCCUGCACAGCCCAGAGGCCCAUCCAGGUCCUUGCUGAUCUCUUUGUCACUGAUGGCAACUUCAAGGUGGUGGUGCAGGCCCUGGGGCCAAUAGGCCCCACUCCCCUGCAGCUGCACUGCCUCUCCUUCAGGGCGGACAGCCUGGACCCUGGCCAGCUCCUACAUGUGCUGUGUCUGGCAGGGCCCCAGGAGCUGCACAGGCUUAAAGUGGUACACAAUGUGUGGCUGCAUGCAGGCCACGUGCAGCAGCUGCCCCAGGUGGGCCUCCCCUGGCUGGUCUCACUCACCUUGCCUGCCAAGGCCUUCAACCCUCCCCCUGGUAGCCCCCCAGCCCCUGACGGUGAGGACCCCUUCUUCACCCCUAUCUCCUGGGAUCUCAGCCAAAUGAGCCAGCUCACUGAGCUGAGUGUGGCCUUCUCCACACUGACAGGGAAGAUCCAGAAACUGCUUGGAAACCUAGGAACCCCUCUGAGAGUGCUGGACCUGGCCAAUUGCUCCCUGAACCACGCGGACAUGGCCUUCCUGGCGGCCUGCACCCACACCACCCACCUGGAGGUGCUGGACCUCAGUGGGCACAGCCUUGUUGAACUGUUCCCCUACACCUCCAGGCUGCUGGGCUGGGCCGCCCCGACAUGGAGGGAGAUGCUGGAGGAGUGCAGCAUCCGAGACAAUCACGUGGACACACUGGGGCUGGCACUGAACCCCUGCUGCAGGCUCCGUGAGCUCUGGUUCCUGGGGAACCUGCUGUCGGCUGUUGCCCUGAGGUGCCUCUUUGCCACUCUCUGUGAGCUCCCGGAGCUGCAGUGCAUAGAAGUCCUGGUUCCCAAGGGCUGCUACACUGAGAGUGCCACCUACCCCCAGGAUGAGCUGGCCAUGUCCAAAUUCAACCAGCAAAAAUAUGAUGAGAUUGCCAGGGACCUGCAUGCACUGCUGCUGCGGGCCGGCAGGGAUGACAUCCGGGCCUGCACCCCAGUCUUCCGAAGCUUUGACCCAGACAUUCAAGAAACGAGCAAUGAACUUGGAAUGUUCUUGCUGCAAACUUUCAAAAGUGCUCUGGAGAACUCCAGAGCACUGGAGCAGAUGGAGUAG